GCAGGCUGCCUGUCUUCUGACCAGCCAACGCCGUCAACUUAUCCUCCAGUCGGGGCUUUGAUUAUUUGGGUCGCUCUGUAGGUUUUCAGGUACUGGCGAAGCUUUACAGUUCGCGCGCCGAGCCAUCAGUGGAAGGGGAGAGUUCCUCUGUGCAGUUUCAGUGGUGAGUUUGGGGCGUGUUUGUGGGCAGCCGACAGCAGGGCAGACUAGAGCAUGGCGAACUUCAUAUUCGCCUAGUCAUGCUUCUUGUAACGGGUAUACUUAGGGUCUAUCAGCCUGCAAACAGAAUGGUGUGAGAUAUGCGUUUUAUUUACAAUAUUACUACAUUUUGCUAUUUUUUACUUAUUCAAACUGACCCUUAAGCAAAUAUUGUAUUUUUUUUUAUUUCUGUAGUACAAAAAACAUGCGUCAGUAUAUUCUUGGUUUAAAAUUCUAACAGACUGGAUUAAAUGCAGUACAUGUACGUUAACAAUCUAACUCCAUUUUAAGUUUGUAGGAGUGUCAGUCUGCGUCAGAUGGUUACACAGACAAGAAAGUAGAGGCAGCAGGAUCUCAUAAAGAAGAGUGCACACAGGGGCACUCUGAAAAGAAAGCCAAAUUCUGCACUGCAGUGGAUUUCCUCAGGUGUGUGUGUAUGUGUGUGAGUGUGUGGCUUCCAAGUAGACUGAUUACCAUCAGGAGAAAAUAUCUACACUCUGGGAUUUCAUCUAGAGGUCCGGCAAAAGUCGGACACCCUUCAGUUUCCAGACUGCCUGGUGUCCCGCAACAAUCUUCUCUUUUGUCUUUUCAAAUCACAGGCACUGUGUGUUGGGUAAUCUGCCUUUCUGAAUAUUUGGAUUGUAAAAGCACGCAAGCCUCAGACUGGAUCCCUGCGACUGACAGGUGAAUUACUGUGGAUUUUUAAGGAACUGUGUGGAUAUCCAAAUCAGGAAAGACCAGCCGACUGUUCAGUUCACCGCAGUUGAGGAAGUUUUGGAUAAAGAACUUUGGACCUUUUCUUGAAGGGGUUAUGGGAUAAAAAUGUGUCCAAUUGCACCUCAGGGAUAGGAUUUUUAUCAGAUUUAUUUCAAUUGGUUCAUCUCAGUGAGCACGGCAGAGCAAAUCUCAGGUGGCAGCCCAUGAUUCCCAUGUUUAGAGUGAGAAACAGUUUCACCUCAGGUAUUCUGAAUUAACUGAGUUUUCAUUUAGUACUAUUUAAUUUCACUUUUAAUACAGAAAAUCUCAGGUGACAUCAAUAGGUUUAGCUUUGUACCUUCCUGUGAACUCUUGUUGCUAUGGCAUCUCACAGCUUCCAGUACCGGGCGCUUUUUGAAUAUGAGCGUGAGCAUGGGGAUGAUAUCAGUCUCCAGCCAGGCGACCUGCUCACUGUUCUGAAGGCCACACUGAUGGCAGCAGUGGGGCUGGAGUAUCAGGAGGGGGAUGAGCGGAGUCCCAAAGGUUGGUUGCAUGGGAUUAAUGAGAGGACCAAGGAGAAGGGAAACUUUCCAGGGACAUUUGUAGAGUAUGUUGGUGUGGUCACAGUUGGCCCUGCUGUGGAUAAAUCCUGGUCCCGACCUGUACCCCCAACUCCAGGGGGGCAACAGACAAUAGUGGGACCUCAGCCUCCUGGAGGAGCUGCUGCUUUUGGUGUGGAGGCAGAACUUCUUUCUGAAGCAGCACCUGUGAUUGUUUGGAGACUCAUCGAGGCCAUCGAGAAACAUGGUCUUAAUGAUUCUCUGUACCAAGCCCCACCAGCAUCCAGUGGACCUGUAGAGCUCCGCCAGGCUCUAGAAUCAGAGAGUCAGAGUGUGGAGGAGUGUGGGGAUAGGCUGAAGAGGAUCCUUGAGUCUCCCAGCAUCCCUCAAGUGAACCACCAGCUCCUGGUCCACCUCACUGGACACCUGAAUCGAAUCAGCCAGCAGAGUCAAGCCUACCCCCGGCUGCUAGGACAGGCCUUCACUGACAUUAUCUUCAAGCACCCUUCUCUUAGUGCAGAUGUAAAUCCAGAGCAUCACAUCAGGAUUUUGGAGGCUCUCAUCACAACUGCAGGUCUAAUGGAGAUGCAAGCAGCACCAGGUAGGAAAAUAACUAUGGAGAUUGAGGAGCAGAGAGGCCAGGAAACUGACAGUGAGGAUGGAUUAGAAGAGAAAGAAUCAGUAGCUGAAGACUGCGAGGAAUAUAAUCCAGACCAAGAAAUGACUGAUGAGGAUGGAUCCAGAGAUGAAGAGGAUGGCCACGCUGAGCCUGCUGUCACAUUCAAAGAAUGGGAACUUAUCCCCACCUGA